UUUGGGAUUGAUUAUCAUUGUGCGCGAUAUAAUAGGCAGCUGAUCUAUCGUGCGAUCUGAAAUAAGAAGAUCUCGAAAUUUGGAAUAUAGGCAAGGAGCUCUUAGUCUGAUAUAUGUGUGCGUUGUUAAUCAACUUGCUUCACUUUUUGGAUUGAGUGAUCGGCCUGACGGACCGAGCCUUCCCCAGUCUUUUAGAGGACAAGACAGCAGGACGCCUGCGCCUUGUUUCCCCCGAAUCAAAUACAGAAUCAGUCAAUUCAAGUUCCUCAUCUCGUUCCUCCCUCGUCUGUUACCGUGGAUCAAGAAUUGAAAUCUUAAGGUCUCAGGUAACGUGAAAUGGACAAAUUGCGACUCGGGAGAUCCUAAAUGAGGAACCAUGCAUUGAGACCCCAUCUUCCUGCCUAACCUUGCCUCUGGGCCCCCCCAGCUUCAGUUAGGCGGUUAGUUUUCGCUUCAGGUUGAUUUGGUUCGUCUCCUCCCCAAUUAUUCAGAUCGUUCAAAUGUUCCAUUGCAACUAGGUUGUGUGCGUAAGCCUUAUAGGAGAUCAGGAGACGGCCUGAUCCGUAUGGCGUUAGCCAGAUGUUCAAGAAUGCAAGGAGGAGAGAGAUCAGCGAAUUUUAUCAUGGUUGGCGUAGGCUGGGAUAAUAGGCUAGGCAGCUGAUCUAUCGUGCGAUCUGAAAUAAGAAGAUCUCGAAAUUUGGAAUAUAGGCAAGGAGCUCUUAGUCUGAUAUAAGUGUGCGUUGUUAAUCAACUUGCUUCACUUUUUUCUUCCCCCCUCCCCCCCUAGUAGAAAAUAUUGAACCGAUGCCGGGACGCUGGGAGAGAAACGCGUCUGCAGAAGCUACGAACUGGCCCAAGAAGAGGCCGGAGAGGUCAUUCGAAGACCAAUUAGUUUUGCUGAAGAAGAAAUCUCCGCCCAGCGCCCCUCCGGCCCCGACGGCAGGAAUAAAUGAAGAAUUUCCGAAUCUAGGCGUUAACGCCGAGCUCGAUGAGGGUGUGCUGCAGGCCUUCUCGGUAGGACCACAGAGCGCCGCACAGGAAGAACCUCCUAUUUUACCUCUGCAAGGAGAAGACGAAGAAAUCGCGAGCUUUCAGCAGGCUACCGCGGCGGCUUCCUCUCAAGGCCCGUUGAUAGCGGCUACUAGUCAAGCGGUGGAAGUCGCUCUUUUGGAUAUGCAAGAAGUCCAUCAACAAGAUGUUUUGGCACAGGAUGUGAUGCCAGCACUCUCAGCGAGUGCCUCAUCGUCCUCCUAUUACUUGGACAACAGCUUGGAUCAACAAGAGCCCACGAACCCUACAGCGUGUUCAAGUUCAACGUUGCUGAACAAGCCGAUAGAAGCCGGGAACAGGACUUUUGUCCGACCCGGUAGGAAUGCCCAGACAGUAGUUGGAGCGGGCCUUCCAUCAGGAGCCAGGCGGCUAGGUCCAGGGAACCUUCUGAACUGGAAGGCAACCCUGAAAUUCAUGAAGAGUGCAUGCGAGGAGAACGCAGCACUAAUCCCGCCCAACCACCCACCGAAGCCACUCCUGCAGAAGGCAAGUGGGUUGGAUGUAUUCAUGUCUCAAUUGGACAAAGGAGUGUCUCCAUUCGAUGAGCAGUCAAGGCUGGCAGGAUCCACGCUCAAGGCGUAUCGCUUUGCGUUCAGGAAGUAUGUGGAAAUUAUGUGGGCUUUAGACCUUGAUGCUCACCCGCGGUUCUUAUCUCCGGCUGCGGUUAGGCUCUUGGCACAAGCAUUCCAGAAAUGUGGAGACUUUACAAAAUCCAAAGCCCAGUACGUUGAGAACGUUAAGUGUUAUGCAGAGCUCAUUGUGAGCCUGCAUGCACAGACGUUGAAAACGUUCUCGCAAGUGCUGAAGUUGUUUUGGCGUGCUAAACCGAUUACAGCACAAAGGCAGGGAGUUAGAUUUUCCCAUCUGCUGGUGAUGGUUUUGGCGUGUUCGGAGAAGCCGCUGGCGAAGUUGGAGGCGGGUGGAAAGCAAUACUCGGCAACAAGUUUCCUCCAAUUUUGCAUAUUUGCUUGGUUUUUCAUGAUGCGGCUAGAUGAGGCGUCAACGGCAACCAGAAAGAUGUUUCAUGGCUGGGUGAGACUGAUAGUAGUGUCCGCCAAAAAUAACAAUCUAGCAGCUGCGCCCCAAGUAGUAGAUCUAUGCUGCUGCUGUGAAAGGGCGCCAACAUUGGCGUCCAGGAUCAUAAAAUUUUGCCCGAGGUGCGUCUGCAGAGAUGAAGUGUGCGCGCUGUUCGCUUUCACGCAGGCUAGGGUGCUGGCAAUUUUGUUGGAAAAAUUGCUGCUCUUUGCCGGAUUAGGUCCGGGUCAACAGGUGAGUCAGAAUCUGGAACAACACGUAUCUGCGACACAUGAGCACUCUUCUUCAUCAUCACAAGUUACUACACAGAAGCCGCAUGCGUGCAAAGAUGCAGAGAAAGUUAAAAAGGACUUCUUCUUGCAUUCAUUGAGGAUCGGAGGGGCGAAGUCGGCAGUCGAUGCUGGAUCCUCGAACGAAGAAGUAAGAGUAAUUGGAAGGUGGGACUCUCUGCAGAGCGCAGAAAGAUACAUUGGAGACGCCAGAGCACUACCGGACUCGGUGGCUUUUGUCUGGCCAGUUCGUAAAGCAAAAUUGUUUGCGUCACCAGGAGGUCUGCAGGGGUCUUCAUCCUCUUGGGAGGUGCUGGGUUGAUCUUCCUUUCGUUGUGCCUGGCGGUGGCCGAUUAUGGUCCGGCCUAAGGUGCUAGAAAUUCGGGUUAGAUCCCUUCCCCUUUCCCCUCCCCCCCCUUCUGCUUGACCUUGACUCAGUUGUCAUUCCCCUCUCUCCUGUUUGAGUGGUCAGAACUUGAGAAUCUCUGUUACCACAACCAGGCUUUGUUUUUCUUUGGGCGGUCGUAGUUUCACAUAACACUAAGUUAGUCACAUUUUUUCUUUUCUUUCCUCCGUUUAAGAUAUUAGACUAAGCGUAAAUUUCAGCAGCGAAUUAUAAUAAAAUGGCAGACGUAGCACCACAAGCAGCUGCUUUAGCAGCAAUGCAGGCGAUGAGCGAGAACAUGCUGAGGCAGGCUGCAGUUCAUGAGAACGAAGGACUAGGCAUCGCAACAGAUGCACAGACUGCAUUGGUAGCGAACGCUUGCGAAAAUAUUCGAUACAAAUGCACUUCCCAACAAUAUUUAUUUGUGCAUCGGCAGUUAGCAUCCAGAACGUACGAGAAGCUAACCCACUCACCUUCGGCAUUGAACUUGCAUCCUAUGGCGUUAACCGCGGCGCUGAGAUGUGCCGCCAUCCUGGAAGAUAGGCACGCAAGCGCUAUUAUGGAUGCGGUAUCCAGAGCGAUAACUGGGUCUUUCGACCCGAAAUCAGACGAAAUGAAAGUGGACAUCAAAAGUGUAUACGAGAUCUUCAUGAGCACGAUGAAGAUAAACUUACAGAACUUAGUUCCAGUAGAAGCGGGGGAUGACCUGCAGCAGAGACAGUUGCGCGCAACGAUAGCGACCAACUUUCUUCCGGAUUUUGUCCAGCAGAUGCAGAACGAACGAAGAAGGCUGGCAAUGGAAAAAGCUACGAGCAAAGCAGUAGAACGGGCAGUGCAAGAAAAGAUGAAAGAAGUACAUGACCGCAUGAGCACAAGAUUAAAGCAAAUGGAGGCAGAAAUCAAGAAUCUUCGAAGUGUACGUAGAGAAAGGACUCCGCCGAGGUCGACACCGAAAGGAAAAGGGAAAGGAGGAGGAGAUGCUCUCCCGAAAGAAUGGGUAUGCACGAAAUGGAUGCAGGGUUCUUGUUCAGGAGCUAAUUGCCCGGACGGGAACGCCCAUAGAGGAGAUUUGAAGAAGUUAGAAUUUCUAAACACUAGAUACUUGAACGGAAGACUAUCGCAAGAGCAAUUGAAACGUUUAGCAUCAUAAGAGUUCCCUUGCAGAUAUAUCCUUCCCCCCCAAAAUAAUAAAAAAAAACAAAAGCCCAAGAACAUACUUCCUUCCUGUUUACAAAAGUUUAUCUUUACGUGCAUUUUAGUCAGUUCGGUUAGAGCAGUUUGUUGAACACCACCUGAGUAGUACGUACACUCAGACUGUUCCCACACCUUCCCGUCUUUUACCAGUCCUUGAAAAUGGAAAUCUCGGAGCCCAUCCUUGAGAUUUCCCCACUGAAGUGACCACGGUCAACUUACAACAUGCAAUUUUUACACCAAUUUUUGACCCACCCUCCCCCCCCCAAAAAAAAGAGAAAUAAAGCACACAAGCCCUAUACUCCACGCUGAGGUAGGCCAUGGCUCGCGAACGCUUCGAUGUGGAGUCAUAAUUUAACUGAUCGGUUGGUUGACUGGAUCACAAGCCGCUAGACCUAGGAAGUUAACUCAGAGCGGGAAAGAAAAUCAUCCCUUGCUCACGGGUCACUUUAACUUUUCUGACUUCUGAAUCACAUCAAGCUCCUCAAGUUCAACUUCCAGGCGAGGAACUCAGGUUCCCUUUCAUGGAUUUUAAGAUGUCCUUUAUCGAGAUCGAAGUCUCAUCGAUAAGAUAUUCACAAAAUAGUAUAAGCAAGUUCUUUGGGGCAGGCCCUCUUAAAGGCUUGUAUGUUUUUUCUGCUUUUGACACUUGUGAACAUCGUGGACAAGUCGCAGAUCUUGGUUUCGAGCUUAGGGCAUAUGAGCACCAAGGGCUCUACUUUACUGCCAACAAUAGAACUUUGGCGGCACUUAGAAACUUAAAAGUGAAAAAGAAGUGGAAAAAGCUGAAUUUGAUAGUUGAAGUUACGACUUAUGCAAAAGAAAGUUGGAGGCAUACAACAACUAACAACGGUCUUGAUAUCCAAGUAAGAUAACCAAACCCCACCCCAGUCAAGAUGGUGUUUGGAGAAUACGAAACGCCGGAAGAGCGGCGGUUUCGCCGGGAGAACAAUAUGUUCCCCGGAGACUUUCACGUGACGCCGGCAAAGCGCGAGCAGAUCAAAAAACGUGAAGAACCGAUGUGGCAAGUAUACUUCGCAGAAAAACGCAGUCGCGAACAAAAUAUGCGCCACAGAGGUCUCGUGUCAGCCAGCGAAUCAGAAUCUGAUUCCCAGUGGGGCCACCCAGUGGCGUUGAAGAAGAAGUUCCCGACUGCACGCAGCGUGUUAGCCCCAGACCACAAAGGUCCGUUGGUGAGACCAGCUCCACCUAAGGAAUUCGAUUCGGAUCCAGAGUGGAGCGAGUUCACUGAGCAGGAAGAACGACAGCCGGGACAAGUUGCAGAGGCAACAAACCCGCUUUACAAGGCUUUUGCGAAAGGCAAACAGAAAGAAGAAAAGAGAAACUUGGUUUCCGAACAAUACAGUCGCUUUUCCAUGCCACAGGAGCUAGCGACCACGGAAGAAGAACACGAUCAUGGAAUGGUAUUGGACGAAUUAGCGGACAUCCAGCUGGAGGACGCACCCGUUACCCCUCACCAACCGCGGUUCGAUAUCAGGGUCACCCCGGAACAGUUGCGACGAGUCGAAUUUCGACCGUCGGAUCCGGCGGCUGCCUCUUCUUCAAGAGCACUUUUUGCCCCGGAGGCAGACCAAGGGCGCCAGAGUCUACGGAGACAGCGCUUGGACCUGGAGGUCGAUGGAGGAGUGGAGGAGGAAGAUGAUUCCCCUCCAGCUCCAGCUAAGCGGCUGUCGAAGGCGCCGGCGGCGGAAGAGGUAUCUUACCAAGAUAUUGAGUCGGACCUUAGCCCGAGUAAGUCGCUAGACAUUCCCAUCUCUCCGGUGGAGCGAGCACCACCGAAAAUCAUGGACAAGAAGCCCUUGUUGCUCCUGAAGACCCUCAACCACUACAAGCCGGAGGCAACUGGUCGGGGCAUCCUGUUGGACGAGCAAGAAGAAGUGGACUUCGAGCACUCGAUGACAGUAGAUGAUCAGAGAAGCUACGGCGUCCAUUCCCUCCUUCCGGAGUACUUUGUUAAUACAAUUAACUACAACAAGCGCUCAGAGGUGCAAGACAUCGUGGCAGGAUGCCAAGUCAUCGGCAAUUGGCUGCUGCAUAUGGCGCAGAACUCGAAGGCGGCAAACGACCACCUCAAGUCCAAUUUGCCGCAGCAUUGCCAAGAGGUGUACAAAGGGAAGAGCAUCGUGUUCAUGGAUGUCUGCUUGCAAAAAGCGGCCCAAAGGGCUGAAUGUUACGACCCGGUAAUCAAACGCAAUAAGCAACAAAUUUUGGACUGGACCAGGCGCUUCGCGGCAGGCAUACCAAUGUCAGGCGAAAUCUUGCCGUGCGGGUUCUGGAAAUUGCUCGACGUGGAGAUUCCGGAGGCGAAGAAAGAGGCGGCGGAGGCGAUGGCCUCAAGAGAACAUAGUGUUCCGCGUGGCGACCACUGGUGUGAAGAACACCUCGUGGAAGAACUAUGGCGACAAAAGGAAGUGAUGAUAGAAAAGGAAUUAUGGGAGCCUCUUCCCAUAAACGAGCUGACGCCGGUAGGAGCAGCGAAGGCUUUCCCAGUGGCUCAAUCAAAUAAGGUGAGAGCCUGCAUUGAUUUUCGUUCGCAGAAUAAACUUCAGAUCCAGCAUGAGAAAAUGCGGCUGUUGGGUAGCCGUGCUGCACUUGAAGUCUCGUGCGCCCUGGCGUCAGAUCGUUUACACUGGCGGAAGCGGCCUCUGCUGCUACAAUCGCGAGACGACACAAAGAAGGACGUUCUCACCGAGAAAGAAAUUCGGGACAACAUCCUCGAUCCUCGUGCUCCACCCGAAACGAAUGAGGAAGAGCCCAGUGAGCUCACCUCUAAAGACUUCCCUGGGGUCCUUCCAGAUGACUACGCAUUCAUCCCAUACUCAGGGAAGAGAGACAAAUCCGGCUACUACUACCAGCAUGCGACCAAGGUGCCGGCUGAAAAUGCGGCAUUUUUUGCGGUCCCGCGCCGGGUGCUGGACGAAGACCUCCCGGAAGGAUCUUUCGCCACGGCCUUUUUUCCAGGAGGUUCACGACGCUGGCUCCUCAUCAAAAGCAAAGUAGCUCUUUUUGGGGCACUUUCAUCAGUUCACGAAGCUGUAAACAGUAGUGAGAUCAUCCAGCUAAUAUGCCAUGCUAUCCUUUUUGUCAUCGCGACUAUGUAUAUCGAUGACAAUCAGAUACAAGCCAAGCCAGGCGCCUUAAUGGCCCAGCUUGAAUUGGUGGAUCUGUUUCUGCACCUUGCGGGCUGGCAACAAGCAGAAGAAAAGAAAGAUCAACGCCAUCGCUUCCAGCGCUCGCUGGUCGUCCUGGGCCUCGCAUAUACGCUGACCCCGGACGCGACACUGCUGAUCAUCCCAGACCGUCUGAAGAUAGAAAAGUGCAAGAGAGACGGCCUCACCCUGAUUUCACAGUUCGAAGCAAAGCAGAUCUCACUAGAUCUACUCUUGAGCUUUCGCGGACUGUGCCGUCACUGCGCACAGUUAGAUCGAGUGAAGCUCUUCUAUGCACGCAGCCAGGACAGAUUUGUUUCGAAUUUCGACAAGUUCAAGCGUAACACGACGCAGCGCAAGCGUGCGUCGAGCGGAGUGCAGCUCAUGACAUGGGCGCUAGACUUCAUUCGGCCACUCGAAAUCAGCAAAGGCCGAGUAGGCAAGCAGUUGUCACACGGGUACACAGAUGCCGCCGGGGAGGACUUCGAAGGCCUAAAUGAAAAGUUACGUUCAGGCCAGUUUGACAAGCUGCACAGCCAUCACUUGAAAAUAGGGGGCUACCUAGCCCAUUCUUCAGGCCACUACAAAUGGUCCCUGCGAAUCACCGAGCUGCCGCGUUUCCUCAGAAAUGAGAAAAUGCAUAUUGGGAUCUUCGAGGCGUUGGCUGCGGCAGUAGGGCAGAAGCUCUGGCUUCACCUCCUGCAAGAUGACUUAUUAGUCCUACACAUGGAUAACCUCGGAGACGUCUUUGCGAUGGCGGCGAACUCCUGCAAGUGCCCAGUGGUGCAAGCAAUAUCGCAUGGCUACCAUCGGUUCCAACAGAAGCAUAACCUCGAUUCCUAUAUCACGUGGAUUUGCACACGACGAAACGUCUCGGACCCACUGACACGGGCUUACCGAGAGCGUGCUCUGGCAACCUUUUUCGACAACGCGCAGGAGCUAUUUGUUGAGGAAGACUUUCUUAAAAAGAAUCACCGCAUCUGGGGCGCGAUUUCCUCUGCCCAGAUCAACUUCUACUGAAGUAGCUUUCUAAAUUUCAGGCUUCAUACUAUGCACAUAUCCUGUUCAGCCGCUUGCGGACUGACAAAACUUGACUACGAUCACAACAUGCAACAACACUACUUGGUUUUACAGAUGUAUUACCCUCAUUCUUCCCCUCCGUUCUUCGGAACCAUGCAUUGAGACCCCAUCUUCCUGCCUAACCUUGCCUCUGGGCCCCCCCAGCUUCAGUUAGGCGGUUAGUUUUCGCUUCAGGUUGAUUUGGUUCGUCUCCUCCCCAAAUAUUCAGAUCGUUCAAAUGUUCCAUUGCAACUAGGUUGCGUGCGUAAGCCUUAUAGGAGAUCAGGAGACGGCCUGAUCCGUAUGGCGUUAGCCAGAUGUUCAAGAAUGCAAGGAGGAGAGAGAUCAGCGAAUUUUAUCAUGGUUGGUGUAGGCUGGGAUAAUAGACAGAUACCAACCUUUUUACUACAGAAAAAUAAUGUUUUCUUUGAUUAACGAUUUACCUUCUGACGCUACUGGAAUAGAUUGUUCUAAUAUUAUUUCGUUUUGAUUCUCACAGGAAAAUAAUGACUGGAAUAGAGUGCUUACGACUUUGUACUUGGUUUUCGCAAAGAGAGACACGUUUCGCUGCUACGAGAUAAGGUACUGAAUGGAGUAGAAUCAUGCAGAACUUGUGUUAAGUAUAGUUACAUCGAUCAGACUACUUCUCGCAAAAAUUUCAGAGGCCACUCUGUGAGGUCUUCGACUUAUCAAAUUCGCAAAAUUGUUCUGAAUUGAAAAGGAUUGAUUAGACUGACUGUGCUUGAUUUUCUGAUUACGUAUAGAUUCCUCAUAUGCAUGUCUUCAGUUGUAUCAGAAUUUGAGAAAGAAUGUACCCACGACGCAGCACUUUACAAAUUCGAGAAUCGCGUACGCCUCCGAAUUGCACUUUUUGAGGACCUUCCAGAGCAUGUUGUUGUAAGAGCUUACCUUUCCCACCCCCUUUGCAUGUUGUCACUAAUUCAAAUGUCUGAGCUAAUGCGCCUUUUCGAGGUUCCCUUACACCGACACGGAUCUGGGGUCCGGAACUGUAAAUUAAGGGGAAACAAACAACGAAAAGAAAAACAUCCGCUACUAGGGGGUCGUUUACGCUGUGGAUUCUGCACUAGUUAUUUCAAGUUCUUGGCUCUUUACUGUCUAAGCGUUUCCUGUGGACAUGAAAAUAUGGGGAUAGAUGCGGUGAGUGUGUUUUUCAUUUUUGAGUUUGUGUAUAGGUGUUGAUUGAAGUUAUCCUUGUGGGAAAGAGGGCUGUCACCUGGGACAGAGAACAAACGCAGCGAAGACCCCGAUAAAAGUUUUGUAAUGUGC